UUCAAUACACUUUCAAUGGCGUUUCAGCCACGUAAAACUUCAGAUUGUCAUGGUAAAUAGGCGAAAAGUACACGAAACUCGGCUACUCGAUUCAUCAAUCUUAUUCUAUUUACACAGUUUUUAGGUGCAAGCCUAGAUAGUUAGUUUGUAUUAACUCGUUAGGAAAUUAAUUAACAUAAAAAAAGAAAGAAAUUAUUAUGGAUUACGGUCUGUUGUCGAUAUUGUUGGUGUUUUUAUUUGGCCAUAAUGUACACGGCGUCCGGUAUACCCAUCAUCCGAACACACAAAAGUGCUUCAAAGAUGAAGUUCAGGCCCAUCAAUUGACUGUUAUUGAAUUUGAGGUGUCGGAUGCGCCUGGCCAACGUAUUGAUUACGAGAUUCGAGACUCAAGGAACUUUAUUUUGGCAAAGAAAGAAGGAAUGAGCCAUCAAGCCAAGGCCUCAUUCACCACUGAAGUCGCAGAUACUUAUGAUCUUUGCAUUAUUUCUCACGUUAGUCCAGGCAUUCGUGGACAAGAGCACGAAGUGUCAAUUACAACUAAAAAAGGAGUUGAAGCUAGAAACUACGAAGGUAUUGAAGAGGCCGGUAAAUUUAAACCAUUGGAAGUGGAUCUCAAACGUUUGGAAGAUAUGUCGGAUGCCAUCGUUCAAGACUUUGCCGCUACUCGUAAGCGUGAAGAAGAGAUGCGAAGCACCAACGAAUCGACCAACAAUCGAGUGUUGUUUUUCAGCAUUUUCAGUAUGUGCUGCUUGUUGGGAUUGGCUACCUGGCAGGUGCUCUAUUUACGAAGAUAUUUCAAGGCGAAGAAACUUAUCGACUAGACACAUUCGCUAAUGUACUUCUCAUCCUAUAUAAGUGGUUAACUUUAUUUUUUCCACAAUACACACUUGGUACAAGUUAGCAACACGAGGAAUGCAGCCGAUAAUCAAUUUUUCUUCUUUUCUCCCUUUUUUCGGCUUAUUUAUUUUUUCUUCUUCAUUUUUUUUACUUAAAACAUUUUCAAUAAAUCCGCACGAAAAUUAAUUGGAGUGAAGCUACUGUUCAGAAAAGGAAUUUGUACCAUUCGUCUAAAGAGAGAAAAAAAAACGCAAAACAUCAAGUAAAACUGGUUUUCUUAGAAAUAUUCAAGUAGAAAGAAACGAGAAAAAAUAUUAUGAGAAUAAAUUUUUGAUAUAAAUUCGUCUGUAAAUAAAGGCCGUGUACAAUAGAAA